AUCCCAUCUGCUAUCCUUGGUUGCCGCUUCCUCCAAAGCCACUCCAAACCCCCGCUUCCAGAACCUUCUCGAAACUCUCCGCCUCCUCCUCUACUCGCUCCGAUGGCGAAGGAACCGAUGCGCGUGCUCGUCACUGGCGCCGCAGGGCAAAUUGGAUAUGCUCUUGUUCCCAUGAUUGCUAGGGGAGUUAUGCUUGGUGCAGACCAGCCUGUUAUUCUGCACAUGCUUGAUAUUCCGCCAGCAGCUGAAGCCCUUAAUGGUGUUAAGAUGGAGUUGGUUGAUGCUGCAUUUCCUCUUCUGAAGGGAGUCGUUGCGACAACUGAUGUUGUGGAAGCGUGCACUGGCGUGAAUGUGGCCGUCAUGGUUGGUGGAUUCCCCAGGAAGGAGGGAAUGGAAAGGAAAGAUGUUAUGUCUAAAAAUGUUUCAAUCUACAAAACCCAAGCAUCUGCUCUUGAAGCCCAUGCGGCCCCCAACUGCAAGGUUCUGGUGGUUGCCAACCCAGCGAACACCAAUGCUCUUAUCUUGAAAGAAUUUGCUCCAUCAAUUCCUGAUAGGAACGUUACUUGCCUGACCCGGCUGGACCACAACAGGGCUCUUGGCCAGAUUUCUGAGAGACUUAGUGUCCAAGUCAGUGAUGUGAAGAAUGUUAUCAUCUGGGGUAACCACUCGUCCACUCAGUACCCUGAUGUUAACCAUGCCACAGUGAAGACUUCCACUGGGGAGAAGCCUGUUCGUGAGCUUGUUGCUGAUGAUGAGUGGCUCAAUGGCGAAUUCAUCACAACUGUCCAACAGCGUGGUGCUGCAAUCAUCAAAGCGAGAAAGUUCUCCAGCGCUCUCUCAGCUGCUAGCUCUGCUUGUGACCAUAUUCGUGAUUGGGUUCUUGGAACCCCUGAGGGGACAUUUGUUUCCAUGGGUGUGUAUUCCGAUGGUUCAUAUGGUGUUCCUUCCGGACUUAUUUACUCAUUCCCAGUAACAUGCAGUGGUGGUGAAUGGAAAAUCGUUCAAGG